AAUAAUCACCGAAUAAAUAAACAAAAAAAAAACUAUAGUAUAGUAGACAAAAAUUGAAAUAUAUUUGAAAUAAAAAAUUACUAUAUUCUUUCUUCUUCUUCUUCCUCUGUUUCUUUCUUUACUGAAACUUCUGACAACAAUCACAAAUCUCCAAAAACAUCACAAAUCUCAAUACAUAUAAUUGUUCUUCUUUCAAAUUUUUAUUUACUGCUUCUUGAAUUUUUCAAUUCUCUGAACCCCCAUUUGUAAAAACAAACGUUUCUCUACAAACUUCCAUAGAUUUAUUGAUUUUUGUUGCCCCCACUUCGUUUUCUGUAACACCCAUUUCGUAUGGGCGGUCAAGAUUCAACCUUUUCUAUUUCAAAGGUAAAGAGAUGACCGGAGGCGGUGGAAAAGUUGUACGGAAAGUAGAGGUGAUUAAAGUAGCUGCUGUAUGGGUUGACGACUGUUUGGGUUUUUUUUUUUUUUUUGGUUGUUGUUGUUGUUGUGGAGAUGGGGUGUAAUGAGUCUAAAGCAGUUGAUACAGAACUUGUGAUUCGGUGUAGAGAGAGGAAGGAACUGAUCAAGGCUGCUGCUAAUUACCGUUAUGCCCUCGCGGCUGCUCAUGUUUCCUAUUUUCACUCACUUAAGGAUGUUGGUGAUGCUCUUCGGAAGUUUGUUGAUGAAGAGCUCAUUGUUGGGUCUUCUUCUUCGUCUUUUUCGACCCCUUCUUCUCCUUCCUUAAUUUUGCCUGAUGAAAGGAAAAUUGGUAGUAAUAGAAGUAAUGCUAGUGGAAAUACACAUCAUAAGCAUAAAUCUUCUGGAUCUUCGAUAUCGAUUUCGUCUUCAGAUAGCUCCAUUUCACGUUUUCAUGAUGAAGAUGAACCUGUACAUGACCAUGGUCACUUGCAUUUGUCGUCGGAUUCAUCGGACGACGAGCAUCAAAAUUUGCCACAAAAGGGUCAUAGAAAUGUACAUGGACAUAAUGAGAAUCGAGGGGGUCACAGGAAUUUACAACAAGACUAUGAGCAGUCUGGAAGGAAUCAUGGGAAUGUAUAUGAAGAUUAUGAGGGUCGUAAUAUGGUUGAAAGUGGGGAAUCAUCAAUUUCUCCGUAUUCACAGCCAGGUUGGGGGCCUGGGGGAUUGCCAUAUGGGAUGAUGAUGAAUCAUGAGGCUCCACCACAAGGAUAUUGGGAUCCAUUUUAUGGAAUGAACCCACAGUAUCAGGUUCCUUGGGGAGGGCAGCCGUUUGGUGGAAAUCCAAAUACGUAUGCUUACUACAUGAAGAAAUCUUCGCCAGUGAUGAAGACAGUCUUUCACGAGGCAGAUCCAGUGCCUACUGGGUAUUCCAAUUCGUAUUGGAGCUACCCAAAUGACAAUGGUGGGUAUUUUGGGUACCCAAUGGCUCCUUCAAUUGGUGAAAUGGGAAGUCAAAGUAAUCAAGGUAAGAAACCAAGUCCACCAAAGGAACCACCGCCACCUCCGUCCGCAAAUGUCUCUGCUUGGGACUAUUUUAAUCCGUUUGAGGGUGUAGAGAGUGGUUAUUCGGCCUACUACCCGCAUAAACAGAACAGUUCUGCAUCAGUUAGUAGUAGUCCUAAUUCUACUGAAGUGAGGGAGAGGGAGGGCAUUCCUGAUUUGGAAGAAGAAACUGAGACUGAAAUGUACAAGGAGUAUCAUAAAGGAAAGAAGCUGAGUGAUGAGACAAAGACUAAGCGCGGGGAGACAAAUUCGUCCAGAAGUAGUGACAGUGGUAGAAAAUCCAUGUCAUCAAUGCCUCAUGGCAUUGAUUUAAGGGGUGUAGCAGGACCCAGCAGUAUGGGCAGUUCAAAACCAGACUCGUCAUUACAUAAUUUGGAUGGCUCUUCAAGUUCGAGGGGAGUAAAAUCUGAGGGUAGUGGUGGCAGGGCAAAGCCGAUAUCAACAAUGUACGAUUCAAGUUCUCACAUUUCGAGUGUAGAACCAUCACAUAGUAGUGGAGGCACAGGUUCAAUUGAUAUUACAGAGGAAAAGAGCAAUUUUGAAACUCUCGUGUCAGGAAGCUCGGGUGAUGUGCAUAUGAAGAAGAAAGGGGUGACUUUUGAAGUGGAUGAAAUGUCAAAGAACGAGAUUGAAUCACCCAGGUCAAGUAGCUUGACCACAUCACAUGCUCAUGGUACCAGGGAUCUACAUGAGGUUGUGGCUGAAAUUCGAGAUGAAUUUGAGAUUGCUUCCAGUUAUGGAAGGGAAGUUGCUCUGAUGCUUGAGGUUGGUAAGCUGCCUUACCAGCCUACCUUUGUUAAAGAGCUCCUAUCUAGGAUUCUAUACAUGAUUGUUCCAUCCAUGUCGGUUUCCGAUACAGCAACGGUGCAGUCAAUAAGGCUGGCUGCGAAAACAAGAAAAUUAGCUAAAUCCUAUUUUGAAGACGUUGGACAAGACAAUGAUGUGAUGCCAUGUAACUUGUCAUCUACAUUUGACGAGCUAUACGAAUGGGAGAAGAAACUAUAUAAGGAAGUUAAGGAUGAAGAAAAACUGCGGAUGAUAUAUGAGAAGCAGUGCAAAAGGCUGAGGAGUUUGGACGAGCAAGGGGCCGAGUCUAGCAAGAUAGAUGCUACCCAGGCAUGUAUCAGAAAAUUGCUGACAAAACUUAAUGUCUGUAUAAAAGCAAUUGAUGCAAUUUCAAGCAGAAUUCACAAAUUAAGAGAUGAAGAAUUGCAACCCCAAAUUGGAGAAUUAAUUCAUGGGCUGGUGAGAAUGUGGAGGUCAAUGCUCAACUGUCAUCAGAAGCAGUUUCAAGCAGUGAUGGAGAGUAAAACAAGGGCUCUCAGAGCAAAUACUGGAUUCCAAAGAGAUUCGAGCUUGAGAGCUACUCUUGAACUUGAGGUGCAACUUUUGUCGUGGUGUAGCCACUUCAAUGAUUGGAUUUGCAGUCAGAAGUCCUAUGUCGAAUCCUUAAACGGAUGGCUUCUCCGAUGCCUUACGUAUGAGCCUGAAGAAACACCAGAUGGACCUGUCCCUUUCUCUCCUGGUCGCCUUGGAGCACCUCCAGUUUUUGUAAUUUGCAACGAUUGGAGUCAGGCAGUGGAGGCAAUCUCUGAAAAUCGGGUAGCAAUUGCAAUGAAUGAUUUUGCUUCAAAUUUGAGGCAGCUUUGGGAACGACAAGAUGAGGAGCAGAGACAGCGGAUCAAAGCAGAAUACCUCUCAAAAGACUACAAGAAACGGUUAACCAUGCUUCAGCAAAGGAGAGGGGGAUCGAGACAUGAGCAAGACGCGAUGUCUAACAGAAGUCACAUAAUUGUUCCAUCUGAGAAAGGGAUUUCACCAUUGGAUGAUCUAAAGGUGGACUUGGAUUCGUUCAAAAAGAAAUUAGUUGAGGAGAGAACAAAGCACAAAGACGCCAUUAAAUUGGUGCAUGAUGCAGCUUCUAGUAGUUUACAAGGUGGCUUACUUCCAAUUUUCAAGGCUUUGGAGAAUUUCACUUCAGAAGCUCUGAGAGCGCAUGAACAAGUUAGGUUACAGAGUGUUAGAGACAGUUCAUAGUUCCUCAUAUUGAAUCCUAACCUUGUUUUUCUAUUUGAAAAAAGAUGGUUGAAGAGUUGCACCACAUCAAAUGGAUCGCAGUCGCUGUGUCAUAUGUAUAUUACCAAGAGAUGGGGAUUUCAUAUUUUGAAUCUACACUUGGUAGAGAUUUUCGACAGAAACAAAUGUGGAUCAAUGCAUGUUCGGGAUUGAUGUUUGAUGACGAGGUGGCUAGGAGAAGUGCUGCUUUUCAGAGGGUAACUUUUAGCAUAACAGUUGAUUAUAUAGUUUCAGUUUCACCCUUCGACGUUAAUAGGUAGGUUGUUGUAUAGUUAUUCAUUUAUUUGUUGAUUGGGUCGUACUGGUGGAUGAUCAUAUUGUUAGCUAGCAGUUUAUGUUGGAUUUAUGGUUUAUCAUGGUUGGCGAAGGCUGAAAUUGUCUCAUAUGGUAGGAUGGAUGGAUGAAAAUUUUGGCAAUGGUGCAGAAAAUAAGUUCCAGAUUCUCCUU